AGAGGUAAUAAAAGAUGCUUUAAAAUAAAAAUAAAAAUGGUGAAGUGUAAUUACGAGAAAGACCUUCAUUACACUUAUGAAAAGGCCUCUGACCCGGACCCCUUACUUUCAGCUUUUGAGCACUUGUCUGUCCUCUUCACACUCAAUUCCUUCAUUCUCUCUUCCUUUUUCUCAGCUUCCGAUUCUCCAUAUAAAGAAUUAGUCUCAAACCUACCGUUACUUUGCGUUUUACACUCCACCAUUCUUACACUACACACCAACAACUUCUUCUUCUUUUUUCUAACAAUGGAAGCAUCGGAUUUAUUCGUCAGCGGCUUUUUCUCACAUGCCGGAGACGAACAAAUUCCGAAUAACAUCAAUAAUAAUAAUAACUGUAACAAUUUUUCUGUGGAUGAUCUUUUGGUUAUCCCUAAGGAAGAUGAAGUUAUGGCCGACGCAUUUUUCAACAAUAUUACAGGAAAUUCUACUGAUUCAUCCACCGUUACCGUCGUUGACAGCUGUAAUUCCUCUGUUUCUGGUGGAGAUGGACAAUUUAAUGGCAACCUGAGCGGCCGCAGCUUCACCGAUGCUCCCUUCCCUAACAGCGAACUCUGCGUUCCGUUUGAUGACUUGGCUGAGCUUGAAUGGCUCUCAAAUUUUGUGGAGGAAUCAUUCUCAAGUGACGACGUUCAAAACCUGCAGUUCAUCCCUGUAGCAAACAUUAAUUCCUCCACCAUCACCACCGACAGUUCAUCCUCCGCAACCACAUUUUCCACCGGACCUAACUCGCCACCUGCCUUCCCCACCGACACCUCUGUUCCUGGCAAAGCUCGCAGCAAGCGAUCACGCGCCGCUCCCUGUGACUGGUCCUCACGCCUCCAGCUGCUCUUAUCCCCUGCCACAUCAUCAUCAGAGAGCAACAGCAUCUCGCCUCCAUCUGCUAACAACACUACUUUCGCCACAGCCAAAGCCACCAAAGCGCCGUCGAAGAAGCGAGAGAGUGUGGAAACGCCGGGACGCAAAUGCCUUCACUGUGCUUCUGAUAAGACACCACAGUGGCGCACAGGGCCAUUAGGUCCAAAAACUCUGUGCAAUGCAUGUGGAGUUAGGUACAAGUCAGGUAGGCUUGUGCCGGAGUAUCGACCGGCGUCUAGCCCGACUUUUAUCUCAGCGAGGCACUCGAAUUCUCAUCGGAAAGUUCUGGAGCUCCGGAGGCAAAAGGAUCUCCAGAGACACCAAGCACAUCACCACCAGCAUCAAUUGCUUAGUCAACCCACAAUUUUCGGUGUAUCAAACGGUGGUGAUGAAUUCCUGCUUCAUCAUCACCAAAAUUGUGGUCCAAAUUUCAGGCACCUCAUCUAGUAUCAGUCACCUAGUGUAGGGGAUAACUACUUUGCACUUUUCUCGUUUUAAAAAAGUUUGAAUUAACAAUCCCAUUUUCCUAAUUCCAUCUAGUUUUAGAAAGUUGAAAAUAUCAGGAUAUCAAGAUAUAGGAGCAAAAAAUAAAAUGUUCCUAGCAAUCCUAGAAAAAAAAAAAAAAGAGAAGAAGAUUAAAUGCGAAAUAGAAAUUAGAAUUUUGUAACGUUUCUCUUAAUUUUGGUAUUAAUUAAUUUAUAGAUUCAUUUUAA